GCCCAAGCCGCCCGCCGCCGCCGCUGCUGCGGCCGAGGCGCCGGGCGCCGGGGCGGGCAUGGAGCGCUCACAGAGCCGCCUAAGCCUGUCCGCCUCCUUCGAGGCGCUUGCCAUCUACUUCCCGUGCAUGAACUCCUUCGACGACGAGGACGCGGGGGACAGCCGGAGGCUGAAGGGGGCCAUCCAGAGGAGCACGGAGACAGGCCUGGCCGUGGAGAUGCCCAGCCGGACGCUGCGCCAGGCCAGCCACGAGUCCAUCGAGGACAGCAUGAACAGCUACGGCUCAGAGGGCAACCUUAACUAUGGGGGAGUUUGCCUGGCAUCAGAUGCACAGUUCAGUGACUUCCUGGGCAGCAUGGGGCCAGCACAGUUUGUGGGCCGCCAGACCCUGGCCACCACGCCCAUGGGGGACGUGGAGAUUGGCUUGCAGGAACGGAAUGGUCAGCUGGAAGUGGACAUCAUCCAGGCGCGGGGACUGACGGCCAAGCCAGGCUCCAAGACACUGCCAGCGGCCUACAUCAAGGCCUACCUGCUAGAGAAUGGCAUCUGCAUUGCCAAGAAGAAGACCAAAGUCGCUCGCAAGUCGCUGGACCCACUGUAUAACCAGGUGCUGCUGUUUCCGGAGAGUCCCCAGGGCAAAGUCCUGCAGGUGAUCGUGUGGGGGAACUACGGGCGGAUGGAGCGGAAGCAGUUCAUGGGCGUGGCGCGCGUGCUGCUGGAGGAGCUGGACUUGACCACCCUGGCCGUGGGCUGGUACAAGCUCUUCCCCACCUCCUCCAUGGUGGACCCAGCCACGGGCCCCCUGCUCCGGCAGGCAUCCCAGUUGUCCCUCGAGAGCACCGUGGGGCCCUGCGGAGAGCGAUCUUAGUGCUGGGGAUUGGGAGGGGCUUCCCAAGAGGGCCUGGGGACAGCCCAGCCCUGACCUGGGACCCCAGGCCCAUGGGCACACUGGACAGGAGGACGGGGUUCUCUCCCUCAGUGGGGAAGUAGAACGGGGAGACCUGCCCCCCUUGGGCCCCUCCUCACCCCUUCUUUGCCUCCUACUCCCUGAGACCUUCCCUCUCCCAACGGGAUUGGCUACACUUUUGACUUGGCGGGUUCUUGACCUGGUGGAUGUGGCUGCAGUCCAGACAAAGGAGAGACUGAGGUGGCAGAGCAAACCACUCUCCUGCCCCAAACACUGUCCACUUCCCCUUUUUGCCUCCUCGGAAGCUCGCUGCCCGGAGCCAAGUCCAGAACCCGGCCGGCCAUCUCCAUGGUGCCAAUUACCAGCAAGUGUCUUUCCUGCGGCACCGGGUUCAGGCAGCUACUCCUGCCCCAGAGCCGUUGGGGCAGCUUUGCAAGGAUCCGGAGCCAGCUCCCGGGGGCCCAGAGCCCCCCACUGAAGAGGAGCUCGGGCUUCCCUCUGCCUGCCCGUGGAAGGAGCUUUGCCGCAGCCUGUCCGAGUCCAUCUGUCCGUCCCCUCCUGCCUGCUCCUCUUCCGGUGGCUCUAGAAAUUGGGGUCCAGCAGGGAUCAAAGGAAAGGAGGGGGUGCCCGGGCCUUAGUGAAGACCCGCAGGGUGCCUUGCUCCAUGGGAUUGCAACAGACUAGUUUGGGAACUAUUGGUGGUCUGGAAAGAACGUUGUCAUCUGUGUUUUGGGGGAGAGGCUAUGCGACCUGAGUUUUCAUAACUCCAAGCCUAGAGCUCACUGUCUCUUCAUUUGGGGGAUGUUGGAUUGGAGGGGGAGGCUCAGGAAAGCUGGGAUUGGGACUGGUGGUGCCAAGGUAAGGGUUUCCCACAUAGGAGAACCCGUCCUUGUUGGAUGAGGUCAAAGGUCAUCUUGUCUACCCCUAUGCCUCCAGGCCAGGGGUCUGGGGAGGCAAUAGAGCCCCCCUAUUUUAGUCUUUUUUAACAAACCAUUCUGUACUAAGGGCAGAACCCAGUGCCCCAGCCUCAAUUACCUUGGCUCAAGGAAAGAUGGAGAUAGGAGAGAGAAUGAAGAGGUACGAGUGUAAGAAUUGGGAGAUUCCUUCUCAAGCAGGCCUGGGUUGCUGCCUUCCCAGCCUGGCCCUCCCUGGGGCCUGCGGGAGCCCUUUUGCAUGCAAGGGAGGACAUAGGCUGGCCCCUCUUUAUAGAAGCACAUUUCUGCCACCUCCCCUGGGAGGCACCCAGCAGCCUACCACUCCUCUUUACCUAGUCCCUGCUGUGUAGGGCGUAGUCCAGGUUAGCUGGGUAGAGUUAGUGUUCCAAGCCCUGGGGCCUGUUCUUAGCUCAUACAUAGUCCUUAUAGAGCCCCAGGACAGUGGGGAGGAGACACAGGAACAUUCCAGGAGACCACUGUCUCCUGGCUGGCCUGGCAGCCUGGUUCGUGGGAGGCCAGCCCCUCCUCCCCGCCCCCUUCCUUCCCCUGUCCCCCGUAGGGUUAUAGCUGGAGUUGCCCAUUAGACUAAUGUUCCAAUUUAUUAUCCUUGGUCCUGACUUUAUUUACGAGGCACUCCCGAGGAUCGCGGGGC